CUCAGGCACAAAAUCUCAUCCGCACUCGCAGACGUUCUUCUUCACCCAUUCCCCCCCACACACACAGAAAUGGCGGUGAGCCUAACCAACACAUUCCUUCGAGGAAAACCCUGCCCUUCUCCCCAUCCCCCUGUCAUCAACAAGGUGAGAGCAGCAGGGACUUACCGGCCUGUGGUGACGUGCAGGAAGAAGGACAUACACCCGGAGUUCCAUGAGGAUGCCAAGGUGUACUGUAACGGCGUACUGGUAAUGACCACCGGCGGGACCCAGAAGGAGUACACCGUUGACGUGUGGUCGGGCAACCACCCUUUCUAUCUCGGCAACCGUUCGGGUCUCCUCGUUGACGCCGACCAGGUCGAGAAGUUCCGCAAGAAGUAUGCCGGGCUAUCGGAGAUCAUGGAUAUCCCCGUUCUCAAAGGGGAGAUUGUGCUCCCCUCUAAGGGCAAACCCAUUUCGAUCAAAGGAGGGAAGAAGAAGAAGUAGAUGAAGAACUCGCAGUGCUUUGGCUUCUCGUGGUAACGAGGAAAGUAUCAAAAGAAACUAUAGAUUUAUUAAGCGUUUCCUGGCAUGUGAAUUGUUGGUGCAUAUCUUGUUAGUUGUUACGAAUGAAUGCAUAUUUUUAUAUGUUCCUGGAAAUACUUGAAGAGUGAAAUGCUCAUCAUCUGUUUGUGCAAAUGCUUGGUUUUACCCACAACGCUGAGCUAUGCCUGGAUUCUGAAGCUUGAA